AUGGUGAGGACUCGUGGAGCUUCCUCUAAGAAGACCCCUGCUUCUCAAUUGAGAAUGGUGCCCUCUCCAUCGCCUCUUCCAUCUGUGUCAACGGCGCCUCCAUUUGUUCUUGCACCUGCCUCAUCUGUUGGGAAGACUUGCAAAUCCAAGGCACGCAAGAAGGUGUUCUCCCUCUCUAAUGAACACCCCAUGGUGUUUCCUGAUAUCACAGCUGAUAUUGUUGAUGUUGCACCACCAUCUGAAGUGGUGGUGCCCUCUCGAGCCAAGAACCCAUCUCCUCUUCCGAUUGAUUCGUCUCUGACGGCUAGGGAAAAAUCAAAAUCUGUUUCAUCUUCUUCCAAAGCUGCUGCUGCUGGGUUACUCAAACUGCCCUUGAAGCCGAGCCAGUCCAAGAAAAAUUAUGUGGCUCCCAAAAGGAAAUUGGGAUUGGACACGUCUUCUUCCCCCUUGACUGCUGCCAAGAAAAGAUUGAAGGCUCAUCCCCCUUCUUUUUCUUCCUCUGAAUCUGACCCUGAGAAGAAAAAAUCAGAGGUUGAGUCUGAUGAGCCAGAACAAGAAGACAUUGUUCCCUCUGAACAAGAAGCCAAAUCUGACUCAGAGCCAGUUGGAUCUCCUUUGUCAUCCAAGGCUAAAGGGAAGAGACCUAUUUCUGAUUCUACUCCUUCUCCAAAACGUUCAGGUGUAAAUUUCAAACCCUAUUCUUCAACUUUUUGUUAUAAUGAUAAUGCUCGUGAUAUGGUUCUCUAUGCUCAAAGGAAAUUUAUCAUUGAGAGAAAUUAUGUCUUGAGUGAUCAUCGACCUUAUGGUGUGCUAAUAAUGCUUCAAGAUCGCAAAUGGACAGGUUCUUUGGUUAAAUUUACUGGUUUUGUGGAUAGAAUAGUCAAGGAAUUCUAUGCCAAUCUUACUAAUGAAAUUAUUGAACCUAAAUCUCCUCUGUAUUGUAAAGUGUUUGUUAGGGGCCAUUGGUUCUCUUUUUCUCCUCAAGUCAUUUCCCAUGCUUUGCAUCUUCCUCUUGAUGUCGAGGAAGAUGAUGAUCUUGCCACUCUUGACAAGGAUACGGUUAUCACUGAAUUAGUAGGGCAAAAAAUGGUAUGGCCAUCUAAUACAGUCAUCUCGGUCUCUAAUCUCACUUACACUUAUGCUGUCCUCCAUAAGUUUGCCACAAUGAAUUGGAAGCCAACUUCUCACACUGCAACUAUCUCAUUUGACAUGGCUUCGUUUUUAUACAAGAAAAAAGAUCUCCAACGUGAUCAAGAAGACUUGGUGGCUCCCACUACUGCUUCUUCCUACAAGGCCUCUACUCCUCCUACUGAAGCCACUGACGCUCCAUCAACCAAGAAAGUCAAGCCCCAAUCUCUGAAGUUUUCCUCGAAUGACAUUCCUCAUGCAUCCUCCUCUGUUCUCACAAAUUCAGGUCUUGUUGCUACAGAAAUAACUAUUGUUCGAGCUUCUGUUGAUUCUUUGGCUGCUCGAGUGAUGUCAAUCAAAGGACUGCAACGUUCUGUGUUGGAUGCUGUUCAAACUCUGUCCAAGGAUCCAGUCGUUUAG